AUGUCGUGGCUCCUCGUGCUCGUGCUGCUCCUCUCGCCGCCGCGCGUCCUCUGCGACACGCGAGCGCCCGUACCCGUGUCCACGACCGAGACACACAGUGCCGAUGCCGUGCAGCCUCUUCUUCCGCCCGCGACCGCGUCGAGUCGGAAGAAAGCGAUUGUGCUGCCCGCUGUCCACAAUGAGACGCUCUCGGCGGCCUUCUCGGGCUGCGGGCUCUGCCAGCAAACGGGCCAAUGCAGCCACGCGUACCACGGCCAGCCGGGCCAGUUCUGCAUUGGACUGGCGUCCGGCGCGCCCUGUUGCUGUCCACGCGACGCGCAGUGCGCUGCGAGUCCGUACGAGUGUCGCUGUCGCCGGGCUGUGCCCUAUCAUUACGGCGGGUACGACGACCACCAAUUGAGGCCCUCGAGGCCCUCGUCGUCGUCGGGCGGUGGCGUGUUUGGCACAGUUCUGUUCAUUGUGAUGGUCCUGCUCUGCUGUGUGUGCUGCUGCUACCUGCCAGCGCGGCGGGCGCAGCAAGAACGAGAGGAGCAGUAUGCUUACGCCCAACCCGUUGCAUCGUCGAGUCAGUACGGGACGUACGCGGACCAGCAGCAGCCACAAGCUGCUCCGUAUGCGUACGCCUCGGCCCCUGUGGCAUACGAAGCGGUUCCGUAUCGGGAGAGUGGCGGCAGCGGCCACACUAUGGCAGCGGGUGCACUUGGAGCGCUGGGCGGACUGGGCGUCGGUGCAGCGCUGGGCUCUGCGUUUGGCGGGCACCGCGAUACCACUGGCUAUGCUGGCGAUGUAGGCGGCGUGUCCGACAACACGUACACGUUCAGCGGGGACACGGGCGGCGGUGACUAUGGUGCAGGUGGAGGCUAUGGCGAUGACUUUGGUGGCGAUGGCGGGGACGAUGGCACGUUUGCAGGCGACUCGUAG